GUACUGCCACGUGAACGUGCCAGACGAGUUGUUGCGGGACCUGCUUCCAGGACCUGUGACCCUGGUCUUAAAACGUUCAGAAGAACUAAAUAAAGACUUGAAUCCUUUCACAUCGCUUGUUGGUGUUCGUAUUCCAAACCACCCUUUUAUUAGGGAGUUGGCACGAGCUUGCUCUGGACCACUGGCUCUAACAAGUGCUAACAUCAGCUGUCAGGCGAGCACGCUGACUGUUUCGGAAUUCCAAGAUCUGUGGCCUCAGUUGUCCGUAAUCAUCGAUGGAGGCCCAAUAGGGGAUGUCCAGAGCCCAGAGUGCCGUUUGGGGUCAACUGUGGUUGACUUAUCUGUGUCGGGGAAAUUCACCAUCAUUCGUCCUGGCUGUGCACUGACAUCUACGGUUGAAAUCCUGAGGCAGAAGUAUGGCUUGAUACCAGAAUCAUCCUAA